AUGAGAAAGCUGCUGCGUAGUUCUAAGUAUGAGGAGGAGGUAUCUGACGGUCAGCUUGGUAUAAACGAGAGAGAACUCAACUCUAUGAAUAAACAUAUUCCAGCCCUGAAGGGAUAUAAUGGAAAGGUCGCAACAUUCCGUCAACAUUAUUACCCGGAGGGAGGAUGGGGUUGGGUUAUAACUAUCUGUGGAUUUCUUGUACAGAUGUACACAACAGGAUUGCAAUUCAGUUUUGGAGUUCUGUAUUUACGUAUUCUAAAGAUAUUUGCAACAGAAAAUAUAAUAUUUACAGGGUUUAUUGGAACAGGAUGCAUAGCAGUCAGCUUCGGGUUAUCUCCAGUUAUAGUUGCAUUUUGUAGACGUAAAUCCACUCGUUUAACGGCUGUUAUGGGAGGUUUAGUCAUGUCCCUUGCACUUUUAUUCGCUUCAUUUGCUACACAGCUACAUCAAGUACUUUUAAGCUACGGAAUAAUAUUCGGUAUUGGGUGUGGUCUAGUAAGGGAAACAAGUGUUCUUAUGUUAAGUCAAUAUUUUAAAAGGAAACGUGAACUGGUUGAGAUCUUGUCCUCUCUAGGUCAAGGAUUUGGAAUUAUUGUGUUUUCAAAUAUCAUCGAUAUAUUAAUAGAAUAUGUCGGAUGGAGGUUUGGGCUUCAAAUAAUAACGGGAUUAGUUUGUGGUCUAUUCUUUCUCGGAAUGUUUUACAGAUCAGCAAGCCUUUAUCAUCCCCAGAGACGAGCUAUUCUUCAUUUAAAGGAUAUGUCUAAGAAGAAAGGAAAAGACAAGAGUAAGAUUGACAAUAAACCUGCAUAUUUUGAUUUUACAACUCUUCAUGUCUCCAGUCUUCAAGUCAUUAUACUCUCAACCAUUCUCACCAGUGCAGGGGCAUACACUCCCUUUAUUACAUUGAUUUUAAUCCUACGUGGCGAGGAUUUAGUUGAACGUUAUGUUGAGCUGAACUCUUAUCUGGGUGUAGGAAUUAUACUAGGUGUCUCAACAUUCGGUCUUAUCAUAAUAUCAAGAUCCGCCCAGUGUGUCAUCCCGACCAUCUAUCUUCUUAAAACUGCUGUCUUCGGCUUAGGUGGCUCACUCGUAACCUUGACCGUUGUACAAGGAUAUUACGGAUAUUUACUGUUUGUUGUACUGUACGGUUUCUUCCUGGGAGGGUAUCAUUAUGUACUAAAAGUGUACACUUACGAAUGUAUACGAGCAAAGCAUUUCCCAAGAGCAUGGAGUUUUGUGCAAGGAUCUAAGAGUUUCCCAAUGUUAGUCGGUAUUCCUAUCAGUCAACUGAUAAAUCAGAGUACUGGUAAUCCUAAAGCUGGAUUUUAUUUAUCCUUCAGUCUGGUUUUCCUAGGGGCUCUUGUUCUCUUCCUUGUUAAUUCAAGGAAACACAAACGAGAUCAUGUUUGUAAAAAGGAGAGUGGUUGGAGGGCGGGGAGCGGAGUGGGCGUACCUCUAAGCGGAGUAGGCGGAGUAGGAGGUGGAGAGGAGAUGGGGAUGAACUCAAUGAAGAAUAUAAUUAUUCAACCGGAGUUAUCCAGUCAGAGAAUCAGUGAAGUGCAAUCUGAACAUCAUUCUCUACAAUGUAUCUGUCCUGCAGUAGUAAAGGAUACAGAGAAGGGAGGUGUAUCUCAGAAUAACAACAAUUCAAAACUACUGUUUCCUCCGCAGAUACAGAUUGAUGAAGAUGAUGAAAAUUACCAUUUCCACGGCAAAAAUGAGAUCCUCUCAAACAUCUCAGAGGAACACUUAUUGAAUCAACUAAUAGAUGUAGAUUAUCUAGGAGAAUGUAUCACUAGCUGUAAUAAGGUUGAGAAAUAUUUGAUGUACAGUGAAUACGAACAAAACAUGAACAGUGACGAUUUUUCGUUCAGCUCCAGCAAUGCUCACUCCGAACAGAUUAGUGCUCCUGUGAACAAGAAAAAACAUUCUCAAGGUCUUGGAGCUCAUAGCUUCAGUGAACCUAACAUAUUCAGAUUGACCUCAAGGAUGAUUCUAAAGCAACCUGAAGGGGAUAACGAUGGUUCAGGACAAGAAGAAAAUAAGAAAACAUGGCAUCGGCUCAGGACAAAGACUAGGUUUCUGCGCGGGGAAGAUCUACCUGUAAUAUCUGAAGUUGGAUCAAUUGAUGUGGAGUAAUUUACCUUCUGGAAAUAUGAGUAAUUGCGCCAACAGAGUAGUUCGUCAAUAAUCCGCUAGAGGGAUUAAUUAAUUAAAAACUGUACAGUACAGAGUAGUUCGUCAAUAAUUCGCUAGAGGGAUUAGUUAAAAACUGUACAGUACAGUGUAGUUCGUCAAUAAUCCGCUAGAGGGAUUAGUUACAAACUGUGCAGUACAAUGUUCACUGCCGAUAACUUAGAUGGUGCAUGCAAAAAUAAAAAAAAUUUUUAAACAUUUUAAAAUUCUGAUUGUUGUUUUUGAUCACAUGUGCAGAAAGAUAGCAUGAAGUAAGCUUUCAACUUUAAUGAUUAAUAAAAAGAAUAAAUUUCUUUUAAUUAAUUCUCAUCCCAUGAAUAUAGGAAACACUUAUUCCAAAGUUAAAAUAUUUCCAAUCUCAUUAUAUGUUUAGCUUCUCUAGAGUCCUCUGGGGGUUUAUAACUUUAUAUAUAGACACAUAUAUAUAAAUAUAUAUUAUAUAUGGAUAAAAGAAUAUAUAUGUACACCAGACACCUCAAACCUUGUUCAUUCUUAUGGAGUAUUUACAAAUAUAGAGUGCUCUGUUCAAGUAUGAUUUUUAUAAAUGAAUUAAACUGCAUAUUCUAGUAUCUGCAUGGUGUGUAUUUGCAAUUUUUUUAUACACUGCAGAUAUGAUUGCUAGAAGCAUGAUAGCCAGAAAUGCAGUUCCUAGAACUAAAAUGUAAAUUUAGCUGCGUUUUCGUGUCGAGCAAUCAUAUGGACUGCCUCACAAAUAUAAACUUCUAAACUCUAUAUUUGAAUCCUCCAUGAGUCCGACUUCCAUAUUAAAAUCCUCCCUGGUCCCGACCUCUAUAUAUUUAAAUCCUCCCUGGCUCCGACCUCUAUAUAUUUGAAUCCUCUCUAAGCCCGACCUCUAUAUAUUUGAAUCCUCCCUGGCUCCGACCUCUAUAUAUUUGAAUCCUCCCUGGCCCCGACCUCUAUAUAUUUGAAUCCUCCCUGGUUCCGACCUCUAUAUAUUUGAAUCCUUCCUAAGCCCAACCUCUAUAUAUUUUAAUCCUCCCUGGCCCCGACCUCGAAGGCAGAAGGAAAAUCGUGACUAGACUCCAGAAAUUCUAGGAUAAA